AUGGCGGAGGUACCAACGUUCGGAGGAAUGUCCGGAAAGACGCUGUCGCGAAGUAUAUCUUCCAUCGCGACUUGUGGCUUCUUGCUGUUCGGAUACGAUCAGACCUCAACAGAGGGAGUGAUGGCCGGGAUCAUCAGUGCCGUGCCAUUCAACACCGUCUUCCCGGAGACCAAAGACAAUCCAACAAACCAAGGAUUUGUCACUGCCAUCUAUGAAAUAGGAUGUCUUUUGGGUGCCGUCUGUAUAAUAUGGGGUGGCGACAUGCUCGGGCGUCGCAAGUCCAUUAUCCUUGGAGCUAUCAUCAUGGCAAUCGGCGCUAUCAUCCAAGUCACCAGUUUCGUUGGGCAUCAGCCAUAUGCUCAGUUCAUCAUCGGUCGAAUUAUUACUGGUGUCGGAAACGGAAUCAACACUUCCACCAUCCCAACCUAUCAGGCUGAGUGCUCCCAUACCUCAAACAGAGGCCUCCUCAUCUGUAUUGAGGGGGCAACCAUUGCAUUCGGUACCUUGAUCGCCUACUGGAUCGACUAUGGAGCCUCUUUCGGCUCAGGCAGCUUCUCCUGGAGGUUCCCUAUUUCUUUCCAAAUUGUGUUUUCUAUCGUCAUAACCCUUGGUAUGAUUUGGCUCCCUGAGUCUCCUCGUUGGCUAUGUAUGAGAGAUCGCUCGGAUGAAGGUGAGAAGGUCAUCGCUGCGCUCCAUGGAGUGGAAGUCAACAGCCCCUUGGUCCAGGCUGAGAAGGCUGCUGUCAUGGAAUCUAUCAGAGCGUCUGGCGAAGUUGGAAAGCCCACCCCCUUGUCUGUCGUGUUCACGGGUGGAAAGACGCAGCAUCGUCGCCGCAUGUUCCUCGGUGUUUUCGGUCAACUCGCCCAGCAGCUAUCAGGCUGCAAUGCAAUCAUUUACUUCUUCCCGGUCCUUUUUGAAAAAUCCAUUGGUGUGGAUCACAACAUGGCAACCUUGCUCGGUGGCGUCAAUAUGAUCGUGUACUCCAUCUUUGCAACCACUUCCUGGUUCUUGAUCGAGCGAGCUGGACGACGAAAGCUCUUCCUAUACGGUGCUGCCGGCCAAGCAAUAUCUAUGACGAUCACUUUUGCAUGUCUGAUCCCGAACACUCCCUCUACCGCCAAGGGUGCUGCCGUCGGUCUGUUCACGUACAUUGCCAGCUUCGGCGCCACAUGGCUCCCACUGCCAUGGCUAUAUGCUGCAGAGAUCUCUCCUAUCAAGACCCGUGCAAAGGCAAACGCACUUUCGACAUGUUCCAACUGGCUGUUCAACUUCUUCAUCGUCAUGAUUACGCCCGUUAUGCUCGCUGGUAUCGGCUGGGGAACCUAUCUGUUCUUCGCCAUCAUCAACGUCUGCUUCCUCCCCAUCAUCUACUUCUUCUACCCCGAGACCGCCAAACGAAGCCUCGAGGAGAUUGACAUCAUCUUUGCCAAGGGUUACUGCGAGAACAAGAACUAUGUCCAGGCCGCUAAAGAGCUGCCUUAUCUCACCGAGGAGGAAAUCAGCCGGAUGGACGCAGAGUAUGGACAUGAAAAGGGCCCUGGUAGCGAAUCCCCGUCGAAUGAGAAGGCCAGCGAUUCCGAGCAGUAG